AGAAAAUUAAAAAAUAUUUCUAACCAAACAAAAUAGCCGGAGCGAUUGAACUUUUAAUUGCUAUUAAAAUAAUAAUCUAUUUUAUUGAAUCACUACUGUGUAAAUCCAAUUAAUAAACAUAUAAGCCCUCAAAAUGAAGUUAACUGUUGAUGGAUUGCUUGUUUAUUUCCCGUACGACUACAUAUACCCCGAGCAAUAUGCUUACAUGUUGGAACUCAAACGUGCACUGGAUGCUAAGGGCCAUGGACUUCUGGAAAUGCCAUCGGGAACAGGAAAAACCAUAUCUCUCCUGUCCCUUAUUGUGGCCUACAUGAUCCAGAACCCUCAUCAAGUCAGAAAGCUAAUCUACUGCUCGCGCACAGUCCCCGAGAUAGAGAAAGUCAUGGAGGAGCUGAAGAAUCUGUUCAAGUAUUAUGAGAAGAGUAUGGGUGAGCUGCCGAGCCUUGUCGGAGUCGUGCUGAGCUCCCGGAAGAACCUCUGCAUUCAUCCUGAGGUAUCUCGGGAGAGGGAAGGAAAGUUGGUGGAUGGUAAAUGUCACUCUCUGACCGCCAGCUACAUCAGAGAGAAGAAUGAAACUGACGACAGUGUAGAGAUAUGUCAAUUCUACGAAGGCUUCAACAGGGAAGGCAAAGAGUCGAUGCUCCCGUUCGGAGUGUACACGAUGGAUGACCUCAAGCAGUACGGGGCUGACAGGAACUGGUGUCCAUACUUCUUGUCCAGAUUUGCCAUAAUCCACGCGGAGAUCGUGGUAUACUCCUACCACUACCUGUUGGACCCCAAGAUCGCCGAAGUCGUGUCCAAAGAGCUGUCCAAAGAGGCUUGCGUGGUGUUCGACGAGGCACAUAACAUAGACAACGUGUGCAUCGCAUCUCUGAGCGUGAAGCUGACCCGCAACUCCGUGGACCGCGCCACCGCCGCGCUGACGCAGCUAGACAACACCGUGUCCAGGAUCCGUCAAGACGACGCGGCCCGUCUGACGGCAGAAUACGAGCAACUAGUGGAAGGACUUCGUGAAGCCGCCGUGCAGCGCGAGACGGACGUCAUACUGGGGAACCCUAUACUGCCCGACGAGGUGCUCAACGAGGUGGUCCCCGGCAACAUCAGGAAUGCCGAGCAUUUUCUGGGCUUCCUCAGAAGGUUUAUUGAAUACUUGAAGACAAGACUGAGAAUACAACAUGUUGUACAGGAAUCUCCCGCGGGCUUCCUAAAAGACGUGGCGUCGCGCGUGUGCAUAGAACGUAAACCUCUACGUUUUUGCGCAUCCAGACUGUCAUCCCUUAUGCGUACGUUAGAAAUACCGGACCCCCAGAACUUUGCGUCGCUGACGUUAAUAACGCACUUGGCUACGUUAGUGUCGACGUAUACGAAGGGGUUCACGAUCAUCAUUGAGCCGUUUGAUGACAAAACGCCGACUGUGUCGAAUCCUGUGCUGCAUUUUUCUUGCAUGGACUCGUCAAUAGCCAUGCGUCCAGUCUUCGCCCGAUUCCAGACGGUCAUCAUCACGUCAGGAACCCUGUCUCCGCUGGACAUGUACCCGAAGAUCCUCGACUUCAACCCGGUGGUCAUGAGCUCGUUCACCAUGACGCUGGCCCGCCCCUGCAUACUGCCUAUGAUAGUAGCUAAAGGCAGCGAUCAAGUGGCAAUAUCGUCCAAAUACGAAACACGAGAUGACGUAGCAGUUAUAAGAAAUUAUGGACAGCUACUUAUAGAGAUAUCAGCAUGCGUCCCCGACGGCGUGGUCUGUUUCUUCACAUCUUACAUGUACCUAGAGUCGGUGGUGGGCGCGUGGUACGACCAGGGCGUGGUGGCGACGCUGCAGAGACACAAGCUGCUGUUCAUUGAGACUCAGGACGCGGCCGAGACGAGUUUCGCACUUAUUAACUAUAUUAAGGCAUGUGAGAGCGGCCGCGGCGCAGUCCUCCUCUCAGUCGCUCGCGGUAAAGUCUCUGAGGGCGUGGACUUCGACCAUCACUUGGGACGGGCGGUGCUGAUGUUCGGGAUACCGUAUGUGUACACGCAGAGCCGGAUACUGAAGGCGAGGUUGGAGUACCUGAGGGACAGCUUUCAGAUUAAAGAGAAUGACUUCCUGACGUUUGAUGCGAUGCGGCACGCCGCGCAGUGCGUGGGCAGAGCUCUCAGAGGCAAGACAGACUACGGCAUAAUGGUGUUCGCGGACAAGCGGUUCAGCCGCGCGGACAAGCGGAGCAAGCUGCCGCGCUGGAUCCAGGAGCACCUGCGGGACGAGCUGUGCAACCUCAGCACCGAGGAGGCUGUGCAGAUAAGUAAGCGGUGGCUUCGUCAAAUGGCGCAACCGUUCACCAGAGAAGACCAACUGGGCGUCUCACUACUCACGCUUCAGCAACUGCAAUCCCAGGAACAACAGGACAAGAUUGAGAAACGGGUCAUACAGAAAUGAGGUUAUAAUGACGGAUCAAUGAGUUUGAAUAUCUGGCCGCCUACGGGAGAAAGGAGGUUGGGGUAAUGAGAAAUGAGGUUUUAUACUGAUGCGGCAGGAAACAGUUAGAAACACUGGCCGUUAAUAGUACGUAAGUUAAAAGCAUAUGGCGAGAAUUCGAAUGAAACAAAUGAGGACUGAAUAAAUUAUGCAAACUUUGAGGAAGUUCUUGCUCGGAAAUGGUUACUUUAAAUUUGAAUGCCUUACAAUAUACUUAAUUAAAAAGGCAUAUUUUCCUGUGAUACUUUGUAAAGUAUUCUCUUUGUUUCUGUAAAAAAUGUGUGAUGUUAAUAUAAUUAAAAGCUAAAAUAAAUGGGUCAAUUUUGUAUUGUAUUCCAUAAUAUUAAAUGCCUGCAUUUUUAUUGAAACUCGUUAACUACCUUUAAAUUAUUGAAGAGCUUAGACAACUAGUGCAAAAGUUUUUUUUACUGAACCUAAACACUUUAAUAAAACACGUGAUCAUGCUAACAAGUAUAAUUAAACCAAACAUGUUAUUUCUUGUACAACCAUAAGCUGCCAUUCUUAAAACGGUCAACAUAGGACUUUAAUAAAAAAGAUAAAUUACAUUUAAUGCAGAACAGUAAGAUGAGUAAAACCAUUAAAAGUUUCAGUAAAAUAAGCGCAAGAUAAUAUGAAAGGUAAAAAAGAUAAAGUGCGACCAAAACAUACCUAUUUGGCAAUUUUUUUUUUAAAUAUAUAAAAAAAAACAUUUCAUUAUAUUUUCAUAACACUGUAGAAUAAUUACUAUUCGAAAUAAGUAAGUACUUUCAUGAAAUUACAAUAGGAACUGAUAUUUUAGAAUAUGCCAUAGUUUACAUCCUGUAAGAAAAAAAACAUCAUACUAUCUUCUUUCUAUUGGGUGAGGAAAUGUUGUGGUGAGAUUGCAAUAAUUUAUAAUAAAUAUACUACAGAAUAAUAUUUUAGGCUAAUAUUACACUGUGCCACUUAGUAAUCGUAUAAUCAACUAUUUGAAUUGUCUACUUAACAUUUAAUUGUACACAUCAUUGUACACAAAGUAUACACGUCUAUUUACAGUCAGUCAUAGACACCACACAACAUAAAUAUAUUAUAAAUAUGUCAAUCAAACAGUGAUGUUAUUGAUACUUGUGUAAAAUA